AUGCAAGCGUGGUUGGUAGCAGCCUGCGCUGUAAUGCUUGCGGCGUUGGCAGCCGCUCAGAAACCUGGCAGGUUCCUCUCAUUACCGGUGCCACAGAAAUGCGCAAAUCGACCAAAAGAAUUCUUCUAUCGUGGCCACAACUAUUUCUACAGCGGUCACGUUCCUGAACUAGCUAACAGGAAAGUUGACUGGCUGGACGGACGCAACAUCUGCCGAGAAUACUGCAUGGAUCUCGUGUCCAUGGAAACACAAGAGGAAAAUAAUCUAAUCUUCAAGCUCAUCCAACAAGGUGAUGUACCUUACAUCUGGACUUCUGGUCGUCUCUGCGACUUCAAGGGUUGCGAAUCCCGCAAAGAUUUAGAACCUAAAAACCUGCUUGGAUGGUUCUGGUCCGCUAACCGUGAAAAGAUUAGUCCCACCAACCAGAUUCCCAACGGCUGGGGCUACAACCCUUGGUCACAAACCGGUCACAAGAAGCAACGUCAGCCAGACAAUGCGGAAUUCGACAUCAACGGUACAUCAGAAUCUUGUCUCAGCAUCUUGAACAAUGUAUACAAUGACGGUAUCGCAUGGCACGACGUCGCUUGCUACCACGAGAAACCCAUCGUCUGUGAAGACUCUGACGAACUCCUCAACUACGUAGCCAGCACCAACCCCGGCAUCCGUCUGUGA